UGUUGUGGGUUCGUCCAAAAACAACCCUUGGUUUUUUUUCAAUUAAAACACCAGGACGAAGAGCAUAUUUGUAUAAGUGUGUGAGCGUGUUUGUGCGGUUUAAUUUGUAAUACAAACAGAACAAAAAUGAAAUCUAUGCUUAUUUUUGGGCUUCUAGCCCUGUGCGUUCUCGCCCAAGCCGAGGAUGCCAAGAAGGAAGUAGAAGCUAAAGCAAUUGAACCUCAACCCGCCGCCUCAGAUGCUAAAGCUGCUGAAAGCACCGUUGAGAAGAAACAAGAGAAACGUGGUAUUAUCCAUGGUGUCGGACACGGUUAUGCUCCCUCCGGUUAUGGCCAUUCGGGUCAUGGUGGCCUCCUCGUAGGCGGUGGUCAUGGUGGCGGUCAUGGUGGUGGCGCUAUUCUUGUUAGUGGCGGCCAUGGUGGCGCUUAUGGAGGCGGUUAUGGUGGCGGCUAUGGCGGUGGUUAUGGUGGUGGUGGUGUUAUUGUUAGCGGCGGUGGUGGUGGUGGCGGUUUUGGCGCUACCGGUGGUGCCGCUAUUCCCACUAAUGUGCAAGUCAACACUGUUGUACGCAAUGUUGCUGUACCCUAUCAAGUGGAUCGUCAUGUACCAUAUCCCGUUGAAAGAACUGUUACCUAUCCCGUCAAGGUACCCGUACCCCAACCCUACCCCGUUGAAAAGAUUGUCAGCUAUCCCGUCAAGGAAAUCGUUAAAGUACCCGUUCAUGUACCACAACCCUACCCCGUUGAAAGAACUGUUCAUGUUCAAGUGCCCGUUCACGUUGACCGCCCUGUGCCCGUCAAGGUACCCGUCCCAGCUCCUUACCCAGUCGAAAAGGUUGUACAUGUGCCCGUCAAAGUACCCGUACCCCAACCCUACCCAGUAGAAAAGAUUGUCCAGGUACCCGUUAAAGUGCCCGUCCAUGUACCCCAACCCUACCCCGUUGAAAAGAUUGUACAAGUACCCUAUAAGGUGGCUGUAGAUCGUCCUUAUCCCGUUCAUGUUAUCAAGCCCUAUCCAGUGCACGUUGAAAAGCCAGUGCCCUAUCAAGUAGAAAAGAAGGUUGCCGUGCCUGUCCAAGUACCCGUUGAUCAUCCAGUGCCUUAUCCAGUUGACCGUCCAGUAGCUGUGCACGUCAAGGUCGCAGUACCCCGGCCAUACCCCGUUGUUAAGGAAAUUCCUUAUCCCGUAGAACGCCAGGUACCCUACCCCGUUAAGGUACCCGUCGAUCGUCCCUACGCCGUGCCAGUAGAACACAAUGUUCCUGUAGCUGUUGAAAGACAAGUACCCUACAAGGUUCCCGUUGCUGUGCCCGUACAUCUCGAAAGUCAUGUAGGCGGUGGUGGUCAUGGUGGCAUCAUCGUUGGUGGUGGUCAUGGAGGUUAUGGCGGUUAUGGCCAUGGUGGUUACGGUCACGGCCAUGGUUAUUUACACAAAAAGAAAUAGAUAAUUUCCCAAAAAAAAAAACCAACAAAUUUUAAGAAAAUACCAAGAAAAAUCUCUUUUAACAAGAAAACCAUCCAGGCGUAUUUAGAAUCUAAAACGGCCUGAUUUCUUUUAAAACAAAAAUUAUUAUAAUUUCUUCUUAAACUUAAAUCUAUGUAAUUUUUUGUAAAAUAUUAUUUUUUUUUAGUUUUAGUGUGUGAUAACGAAAUGAAAUUUACGAAAGAAAAAAUUUUUUUACUACAAACAAAAAUAUUUAAAUCAAAUUUAUGACAUCCAUUGCAAAUAUUAAAAAAAAGUAGGAUAUCAAAAAGAUAUGUUGCUUUCAAUACCACAAAUAGUUUGAGGUAAAAAAACCUAAGUUUAUUUUUAAAGCUGCUUAUUAGAUGAAGUAGAAACAAACGCUACACUGCCAAUAUUUACUUUUAAUUAUUAAAUUCUUAUAAAACAAUUUUUCUUAAUCAACAGCUAGACUUGCCCUUUCUUAGGUUUAUUUUUCUCUUCUAUAAAGAAAACUAGAAUGUACCUUAAAUACUCUUUGUUUUGUUGGCAACAUUUGUUUUGAUUUUCUUUAGUUUUUCUAUAUUUGUUAAUAUAUUUAUGUGAACAAAAAAAAACAAUAUUGAAACUUUAUAACAAAAAUGUGUUUUGUUUUAUUAUUAUUAUAAUUAAUUUGAUUGUUUCUUUUAUUUUGUAUAUAUUUAAUGUAUGUGUAAAUAAUAAAUAAAGACGACCAAGUAUGGAAAAUAUAAAAAAAAUAUAUAUAAAAA